UCCAACCAGACCGCGGAAGGAGCGAGAAAGGCAAGCCGGCCUGUACGCCUCUUCCGCCCCGGGCCCGGAAGGGUGAUGUGGCUGGGGUUUCGCCGGCCUCACUAUGUCUGCCAUUUUCAAUUUUCAGAGUCUGUUGACUGUAAUCUUGCUGCUUAUAUGUACCUGUGCUUAUAUCCGAUCCUUGGCACCCAGCCUCCUGGACAGAAAUAAAACUGGGUUGUUGGGUAUAUUUUGGAAGUGUGCCAGAAUUGGUGAACGGAAGAGUCCUUAUGUUGCAGUAUGCUGUAUUGUAAUGGCCUUCAGCAUCCUCUUCAUACAGUAGCUUGGAAAAAUGCCAGAAUUCAGUUGCAAUCAGAUUUAAAUAUGAAAAAAAAAAGGACUUAUCUGCAGAACAUAAUGGAAAGAAUGGUUAACCCUUUUAUCUCUGAACAUUGAAUGAGAUAAAUUUUCAGCUGCUGUUCUCUAUUAUUUUUGUUAUUGGACCAAUGUUCUAUAUAAAUAAUUAGGAUGUAACCAUUUAAUACUCAGAGUUUAAAUAUGUCUGUAACAAUCAACCUCAGUACUGUCACUACAAUAUUACAUUCUGCAUAUGUCAUUCUAUUGUGUCAGAUACCAGUUUUUAGUGAGGUAUCUUUAAGGCACAUAGGAGAAAACAAAAUUGGUAAAUUACUUAAGUUCCUUUCACCGUGAUUUGGAAAUGAUAAAUCUUUAUAGAAUGAGACUUUUUGGACUAGCUUUUUUAUUGAAGAAAAAAAAAGGUUCAAUUCGUGUUGAUAAGGACUGCAUUCAUAUUUAAUAAUGCUUGCUUUUCCUCUGGCCACAUCAUUUUGAGCAUUAACCAGAGUACCUCUACUGUUAGCAAACUGUAGUUUAUUACAGGUAUUUAAACUAUUUAAAACAAGCCUAUGCAGUUCUUAAGGAGGAAGAUAAAUGAGAAGUGACUUAAGAGUGCUAUUGAGAAAAAUGUUCCUAUUUAACAUAAAAGAAUUCAGAAUACCUGACUGGUGUUAUUGUCUCUGAAACCUCUGGUUAAGUAUGGAUAAAUGUCUUUAGCAUAAAUUUGACCAGCUAACUGUCGUUUUUGGAAUAAGACUACAUGCUUAGAGUAAAGAGCUAAACUGAAUGAUAA